CAAACACCCCAAAUGCAGUUACACUUGCACCAAAAAAGAAAGUAAGAAAUAAGCGGAGAGAAUAAGAGUCAACCCAAGUAGAGUGGUUAGAUUAUAAAUUGUUGAAAGCGUCGUUUGCUUCCUUUGUAAAUUAAGUUUCCCCACCUCUCUUACUUUCGUUUUCCAUUGAAAUUGAUUGCCCCCUUUUCCUUCUUCACCCUCAACACUCUCCAAGAUCAUCACUUUUCCCUCCUCCUAGAGAGGUGCAAGAUAAGUUAUUUUGGUGGGGAGGAAGUCGACAUCAUAAAUUGUCCAAGUUGGAGGAGAGCCAAUGGAUCAGAAUGCUACUAUUGAGGAGGGAGAGGGUAGAAAUGCCCUUGAACUGGUCAGAUCAGUUUCAGAAAAGCAUCUUGAACUUUUGAGGCCUUCUGCUCGAUAUUAUUCCAUAUUUAAAGGGCAAGCAGUGGAUGCUGCUGAGCGGGAAAAAGGUAAAUAUACAUUGAUUAGAGAUGAAGAAGACUCUCAAUUCGGAUUGUACGACAAACCUCUUCCUUGCUUUGGAUGUGGAAUAGGAUGGUUCUCUUUUCUUGUGGGUUUCUUGUGCCCACUGACAUGGUAUUAUGCUACAAUUUUGUAUUUUGGGAAUUACUACCGCAAGGAUCCUAGAGAACGAGCCGGGCUCGCUGCUUCUGCAAUCGCUGCUAUGGGGUGCUCCGUUAUAUUGUUAAUCAUAGUACUGAUUCUGCUUUUCUAGACUCGAUGUUACUACGUCCGUACAUGCAAAGCAUCCAUAUAGAGUUGAUGAUUCCACACGUGUUGAUAUGAAUCCAUAAAGCCUAAAGUAUUUUCGAAAUUGAAAAUGUGGCAUAAAGUAAUGUUCCAUGUAGUUAUUGUCUUUAUAGAAUCUGCAGUGACUUGACGAAUCAACUUAUUCUACACCUUUUACAGAUUAAAUGCCUUGGCUUUCCAUCCUUGUUCA